AUGUCGGACAAGCAAAUGAAAGCUGUGCAUUACGAAGGCCCGUUCAAGGUGUCGGUCAAAGACGUUCCAUUGCCAGAGCUGGAACAUCCUGAUGAUGCUAUAAUCAAGGUGACUACUGCCGGUAAGCCAUUGCCUUCUUCCAGAGACUCCCUUGCAGGGUCAUCAUGUACUCACUGUUCUCCCANNGCGAUUUGCGGCAGUGACUUGCACAUGUAUCAAGGACGCACAGCUGCCGAAUCAGGUCUUGUCUUUGGUCAUGAGAACAUGGGAAUUGUCACCCAAGUGGGUUCUGGAGUGACACUGCUGAAGAAGGGUGAUCGUAUUGUGCUUCCUUUCAACGUGGCAGACGGCAGAUGCAGAAAUUGCGAGCAGGGCAAGACGGCUUUCUGUACUGGUGUCAAUCCCGGAUUCGCAGGUGGUGCUUAUGGCUAUGUGGCUAUGGGAAAGUACCAGGGAGGCCAGCUAUCUGGCUUCCAACCUGGUGACAGCGUGGCCGUGUUCGGCGCUGGACCCGUAGGUCUGAUGGCUGCUUACUCCGCUGUUCUGCGUGGAGCUAGUAGGGUGUUUGUCGUUGAUCAAGUCAAGGAGAGAUUGGAUGCUGCAAGAAAGAUCGGGUGCGAGGGUGUCGACUUCACCAAGAGCGACCCUGUGGAGCAGAUCAUCAAGCUCAAUGGUGGAGAGAUGGUUGAUCGUGCCGUCGAUGCUGUUGGCUACCAGGCUGUCGACAAGAGUGGUAACAAGGAGCAACCCAACAUUGUUCUCGACCAGCUCAUUAUGGUCACCAGACCUACGGGAGGUCUAGGUAUUCCCGGUCUUUACGUCCCCUCUGACCCUGGUGCUCCGGACUCGCAAUCUGCCAAAGGACAAAUCCUCAUCUCCUUCGGCAAGCUCUUCGAGAAGGGUUUGUUCCUCGGCACUGGUCAAUGCAAUGUCAAGGCUUACAACCGUCAACUCCGCGACCUCAUUGUUUCUGGCCGUGCCAAGCCUUCUUUCGUGGUUUCCCACGAAGUCGACAUCGACGACGCUGUUGAUGCUUACGAUAAGUUUGACAAGAGAAUUGACGGUUACACAAAGGUCCUCUUGCAUCCAAAUGGACCUCUGAACCAGUUCUCCAUCUAG